GGGACAAACCUCACAUCAGCAACAAGAAAUGCCGCAGUCGAAUUCUUUAGAUGCUUUUCAGCGAAGUUAUCCCGUGAAGUUUUUCACGGUCUUUUGAUUGGCUCCCUUUGUUCAAGUGCGCAUGUUCUGCUGCAACCAGAUACAAAUAAAUGAACAGUUCUGUAUAGAGAAGGCUAGGGGGCCAGCUGAUGUUCCACAUCCAGUCCGAUAGGAGGCGGUAAUGCACCUUCGUGCUGGUUGCCACGAUAUGAAUCAUAAGAAGAAACGCAGCGCUAGUAAGAGUUGAAUCUACGGAAACGAUCCAAGUUUACAGACUCUGCGUUAUUGUUUUAGACAGUGUACUUUUUAGCAUCUUUUUUUUAAAGAUAAGGCCCUCCUUAAACAUUCUGGUUACGCAAACUUUGAUUUGUUUUUUAAGUAUUGCUGUAAACUUCGUAGGUGUGCUUCAUGCUGCAUUCAAGUGACCCGGGAAAGAAAUGGAGCUGUAAAAUUGUGAGUAUCUGCGAGACAGAAUAACACAAAAAACCUUUUAAAUUUCAGCCACAGUGAAAAAAGCACAAAUACAUGUUAAAAGGGUUGCUAGAAAGAACAGAAAGACGUGUAAAUAUAGUACAGGGGUGGGUCCCUUUUAUUUAUUUUUUAGCAGGGGCAUGAUUCUUCUGAAUUUAUCGAGAUUGUUGUAUUUUAUACCUCAAGAGGUGACUCGUGUGUAUUAAUGAAGAGGGUAAAACUGCUGAAUGAAAUGAAGACAUUUUGGAUUGUUUCAGAUUGGCAGGGAGCAGCCAUGACAGCUGACUGUGAAAACUUGAAAGUUCAGUUGUCCAUAGCUCACAGUAAACCAGUAGCUAACAAUCACAGUGUCAACCAUAGAUUGUAUAUAGAUAGAUGUAGUAUAUCCAGUCUGUUGUGUCAACAGUGUAUGAUCUGGUGACUGAAUGGGCUCAGUUUUCACGUGUCUUCAGAACAACUACUAUGUGUUAGAAACUCACUGAGGUCCAGAGCUCAGUGGAUAUAAACAGGUGUCCCUUUCUGUCAGUCACUUCUGUUCAAUUGGACACGAAUGAUGUGUUGACUUUCCUCCAGGAUUUUUUGAAACUGUGGAGGUUGGUCACAUGUCAGGUGUUGUUUUGGUCCUUGUCCCUUUCCCUUUAGUACAACGAUGUCUCCAGAUUCUCUGAAUCUUUAAAUGGUAUAAUAUACAGUAGAAAAUGAAAUCCACUCAUUAUUUCACGUUUUACACCCAGGAACAUUCUUCUGAAAUUGUUGAACUAUUGGCUCUCAUAGAGUGGCGAACCUCUUCUCAUCUUUCCUCCUGAGAGACUCAGCCUUUCUGAAUGACCUUUUUAUACCCAGUCCUGUGACUAAUGUGUUGGAAAUUAACCCUCAUUAGCUGGAGAUGUUCCUUCAGCAUUUUUUUAAAGUAGUACAAUGCUUUUUACCUGUUUGGUUCUUUCAACCUUGUACCUGUUUGGUUGUUUCUCUAACAUUUUUUUUUCCCCCCUGUUUGGUUCUUACUCUAAUAACUUUUUACAAACAAGUUGCCGGCAUUAAUUUAAAACGAGCAGAUAUUUUUACUGAAACAAUCACAUUUUAGCCCCAGGAUUUGAUAGGUUUCCGUUGCAUGGAUUGUAAUUAAAUAUACCCAUACAUUGUGCCUAAAAUUUUAAAACAAAAUGUCCUGUUUGUCAUGAGACAAUAGUAACCUCAUAGAUCAGGAUUUGAUGCUUGAACUGCAGCGGUGAUAACCAUGCAGUUAAAAUAAACUGUUAUAGAUACACAAGAAUUCAGCAGUAAUACCAGUCUAUAUAUAUUUACAUGGAUGCAAAGAAACUAACUUGCAUUCACUGUCUGUUCCUCUGGUUUAGCAUUUUAGAUCAGCUUUUUAUCAAGGAUUUUUUUUAUUGGACUGAGUUGAUUAUAAACACAACUCUGAAGGUGCUGUUGGAUUAAAAAAAAGGGUCAGAAAAAUAAGCUUCAUUAAAAUAAAUGUUAGUAAUAUGAAUAAAAUUAAGUUAUAUUGUUAUAAGUUAAAAUGAUUUUUCUGUAACAAUAGUGUAUCUUCUAUGAAAGAUCAUCUGAUCAAGUAAAUUCAAUUUCCCUGUGAGGAUUUUUCUUUUUCCAAAGUGCACUUGAAGGCACCGUGCACCAGUUUAGUAUUUCCCUUUUCCGUAAACUGAAUUUUGUUUUGGUAGUCGUUGCUCCGACGCUCCCGAGGGCCCGUGGACGCAGCAGAGUGAGACCACGUGGCUGUGUUUCUGUGUUGUGAUUGGCUGCGGCAGCUUGGUGCUGCUCAGCGGCUCUCUGCGGAUCUCAGUGAAGGCUCAGAGCUGGAGACGCAACGGGGGCUCAGCUCCGUCCUCACCGGCUGUCACUCUUCCACCACCCGGCCAGCUAACGGCCUCCUCCCCGCUGACAGGCCCACUGUAACGGCCCGUCAUCCUGUGGGCUUCAUCCGGUUAAUAUUUGUGUUUCAACCUUUCCAGUGAUGCGAAAGAGGAAUAACUCACCGACCACCGAGCAUGACAGCGGCACCACCGGCACUUUGCUGGACAGCGACCCGGACCUGAAGCAGUGUCCCAGCAGGGGAGCAGGGGGGCCCGCAGCGGGCGGCGAACAGGGCCGGGGAGAGGAGGAGAACAUGGGGAAACCGUUCAGGAGGUAAGACGGGGACCGGGGCAGGAGUUUGUGUGCGCGUGCGUGCGCGUGCGUGAGCGAGUGAGUGAGGAGGUCAUUUCUGCUUCUUUUGUUAAACAUAGCAAAAAAAAAAUUAAGGAAGAAUUGAAAGGAUGAGCUUCUGUCACAGACCUGACUGUGAAGGAUGUUGAGCUCGUUUACAUAAAUAUCUCUGCUCACUUUAAAGAUGUGUUUACUGUCCCUCUGACUUCAUCCACUAAAAUACUCAACAAUCCCAGUAAAUAGAUAAAAAAGAGUGAUUCAGUGAGGUUAAAUCAGAACGUUAGAAAUAUAACACAGUGUCACAGUGUGUGUGUUUAUGUAGCCUACAGUGUUAGUCAUAAAUCUUGUCAAAGCGGAAACCCUGGAUAACCUCUACCUUGUGUUGUUCAGAGGUGUUCACCUCAGUGAUUAGGUGCACAUGGUUCUAUGAGGACUAUCUGACUGUGAUUUUAAAGUAAAUCUGACUGACUGGUCUGUCAGAGGUCGAGCUGACUGGUUCUUCUGGUUUCAGUGAGACUGAUGAGCUGGUCGGACUGGAAGCUGCUGAUUCAGUGCGACCCUCCUAUUCCAGCCCUGUGACAUCAGCAGGUUACCUGUGCAGGUGUUUGUGCUGUAGAUGGUGUUUUUAGUGUGUGUGUAUGUGACUGGUGGACCACAGAGGAAGUUAGAGAUGACUAAACAUGUUUGAACACCAUCUAGAUCUGAAACUAUGGCUGUGUCAGAAAUGAAUCACUCAAUCCCUAACUCCCAUAUGGGGUUUCACUAUAUAGCUGACUAUGUCGUGAACUCAAUCACCAGAUGUUUUGGACACUACAUGGCAAGACACAAUGCAUGACGGGAUGCCCACCACCGGUGAGUGACCAUCGGAUGGUCACUACAUUUUGCAAUGCUCUGUUGGAAAUUUUGAGUCGCCUGUAUAGGGCAUUGGAAUUGAUCACUCAGGUUUCACCCCUCAUAAUGGUGCUAACUCCCAUGUAGUCGCCUAUAUAGGGGUUAGGGAUCUAUUUCGGACACAGCCAAGGUUUUUAAAUAUUUUAAUAUUGGCCCACUCAUCUGAAAAUGCAACCAAGAAAGAGUCAAAACAGAAAACCUGACGGCGUUCUGUUUUUCCAAACCUAACUGUAACAUAAUCUAAAAAAACAGAUGGAGGCGAAACUUUGAAUUAUUAACGUGAAACAUUUCUGUUGCCGCCUCUUCACCGCCACUCUUGAGCAAGCCUGACAGGAAGUCGAGACUCCAGUGUUGGUUUUUUGCAUAGCAGUGUCACAUUUCAUGAGUUCAACUCAACACUCUUAUUAUGGUCUGUAAAUGUACGCAAAUAAAGAUUUCAUUUCCAUGAAAAUCCAUAUAAUAUAAUUUACAUUUGAAACAUCUGAAAGAAGAAGAUCGUAAUUCUGAAGGUGUGGCAGCUUUUAUUUUGGCAUGGGUGUGGUGUACCACGAUCAUUUACAUGUGGUGGAAACCCUGGUUUCUAUGAUCAGUUAUUCUGUUGUAAUGCCAAUCAAUGAAAUGAUCUAAUGCGAGUCUCCCAACUGUGAUUAAAAUAAAAGAUUAUCUUGUUUUAUUAACAGAUCUUGAAAUAUGCUUUUAGUUCAUUGGAUUGGCUGCCACAUUUACUUAAAAUACAUGCUAAAAUCAUACCUGUUUGACACAUAACUGAUGGAUUUUAAAAUAGACAGCAAAAACAGAGAGAGUAAACACUGAUAAUCUGUGUGUGCACUGAUAGCCUGGCCACCCCUAUCUAUGUCAGCACCCCCCAACCAAAGUCUGGACCUUCUCAGAGGAAACAGAAGGAUCUGAGUGCUGACAGGUUGUCAAGUUUGCGUAACAAAUGCUGCAGACAAACUCUGCUGGCCUGAAAGAAAGAGAAGAAACUUCACUGAACUUCAUCUUCUGUCCCAGAAAGACGGUAAACCGCUGACUCUGGUACUGGCAGGAGGAGGAUCAGCUGAAAGAAAAACACUCAUUCAGCAUUAGUCUCGCAAAAAUUGAUCAGGAUAAAGUUUAAAGGAAAUUUCUUCACACUAAGAUACAGGGAGGACUCUGCUGCUGUUGCUGGCUUUAUAAAUGGAAAUAAGCACGAAAAUAGCUAUGAAAACUAAGUAUUUAUUCUAUGAGUUACAGGAUGUUCAUGAUAAGACAUGAGCAUUUACAAAAUAUAAAACAGACAUCUCCACAGCCCUACAUGCCUACGAACACUGGUGAACAAUCACAUUAACAGGUGUUUCUGUGCAGGAUCGUAAAACUAGUUAAAAUAAGAACUUGAUAAAUUUAGAUUUCGUUUGUUGGGUUUCUGUGUCAUUUUACUAUUAGCUAAUGAAGAUUAUCAGACAUUUAAGGCAUCAGGAACUUUUGUUCAACUGUUGUUUUAGUCCUGAACUCUGUCCGCAGUGUACUGUCUAGUCUGGAUUUAAAACAAAUCCUCAGUAAUGGAGUUACUUGAUUUAUUUGAGGACUUCUUUCAGCCGUGGAUGUUACUAAAUGUUUAGAAAGCAGACAUCAUUCUGAGACCAUCAAACAUCAGGAAUAAGGUGCCGGAGAAUCAGUAACAUCAGACUGUGUUAUUAUUCUCAUGCAUUAUUUCAUCAGUGGGUUGGUGUCAGUGUUGAUGUCAAUUAACUGCUUCACAGAAGAGUUAAAGCAGGUGUUAUGUAAUCUCUAUCAACAGAUUUAUCGACACAACGGAGCUGGUUAAUCCUCUGAAUUAAACUGUCUUGAUUUGAGGUAACCCAAAGGAGGAGGUUUUUUUUACUGUGUAAACUCAGCAGGUAAAAUUGUGUAGAUCCACUGUAAAUGAAGUGUUAUCUGUGCUUGUGAUGACACUAAUUCAUCCUCUUUUCCAAUCAUUCAUUCAAACUGUGAAUGCGACCGAUCCUACUCAGCUCUGAUGGAAGGACAGAGACCGUCAGCUUUUUCAAAAGUGUCCUGGAUAAAGGUACAGCGUUGUUGUUGCGCCAUGUCCUCCCUGAAGUUUGUGCUCUGCAUGUUUGGUUGGAUUAACAGUAAAAUGUUGUCACCAUGAAUCACUGGUUCCUCACAGCUGUAUUGCAGGUCAUGAUGCCACCUUGCUGUAGUACCUGGAUGUAAACAGGCACAGUUGUCAGUCGGCAGAGUCAAACGAAGAGAGUUUGUGAUAGUUUGAUGGUGGGGCGCUGUUGGCCUGGCAGUUCAACCACGUGUUCAGAGGCUACAGUCUUUGCUGCCUCUCACCACAUUUCCUGUCUCUCUCCACAUUUCCCGUCUCUCUCACAAUGUCCUAUCAAAAUAAAAGUAAAAUCAAAGGUAUAUAUAAAGGGUCAGGAUCCGAGGCCAAAAAGCUGAUCUGAACAUCCCUGGUUAAGUUAGCCGCACAGACUUGAGAUUGAUGUUUGUCUUAAUCAGAGAAAAGUUCAAUCAGGAUGUCUCUCAAUGAGCUGCCUCUGAUAAAUCAAUUUAUUAGUUACUCAUAAACUGUAAUUUUAUCAUUUAUUAUCGGAACAUCUUAUUCUUUGAGCUGACUUAAAGAGGUUCUUUGAGCUCUGAAGAUCAGGAUAGUUUGAUUUUGUGACAGUUCAGAUGUUGUAAAAGUCAGUGCAGAGUGUGUAGCUGUGGUUCUUCUGACUGAAUUUAUGUCUCUUUUUUACUGUGUUUAUAAACAGAACUUUUCCUCUAUUAACAGGGGGAUUAAUCUAGUAGUCUGGUACCAAAUCCUCGAUAACGGGCUCCCCUCGAUAGAAACGUCCUGCAGUGAGGUUAAAGCCUGUGUGAUAAUGGUCUAAUAAUAGCAGACGUAUAUAACAGUUCAACAGUCAGGUGACUGUGGAGAGGUCAGACCUUCAGACAGGAAGAUCACUCGCACUUUACCCCACUUCACUGAACUCAUCCAGUCAUCAGAGUCACUUCCUGGUUUUCUCUUUGACCCCAGUCACUCUCUGUAGUCACGCUGAAGCUCUAAAGAAUUCCCUUUAAGACUGACUAACACUAUGUCUGAGAUGGUUGAGACUGUCAGAGCACGGCUGUGUGUGUGUAAGUGUGUGUGUGUGUGUCCUGUAAGCUCUCUUCGUCUGUGUAAUCCUCAUUAACUCUGCAGCUUAAACACCAGCACAAGGUCAGCCUCAACAACACAUCCACCUGCAGACAGAGGAAGCUGCAAUAGAUGCUGAGAACACAAAAUAAUAACAGAGUAAAUGUGCUAUAAACCUCCAUAAAUCAGUAAAUAUUCAUGUAGAAACCUCUGAUGGAAUCCAGACAGUGGUCAUCCCAGAUCAAUCAAAAUUACUUCCAUUAUUAACGACAACUCAAUGAGAUACUUCAAAACCCUGCAAGAACCUGAAGAAUCGGCAGGAGCCGGACUUGAUUACAUCGAAACCAACUCUUGUAUGGCAUAGGUCUGUGGCAGAAGAUUAAAUCAGCUUUAGUCAAUCAAUCAAUCAAUUUUUAUUUAUUUCGCAGCAAAUCACUACAGCCAUCUAGAUCCAUCUAGAAAAUAAGACCCACUCUUAAUCCAUCUUAAACCAACAUGAUUGAAGCACUUUGCAGUAUUUAUCAAAUUAUUGUAGGAAGACAAAACUUCCCUUUGACAGGCAGAAACCUUGAACAAAAGUCUCCAAAGUCUGUGAUCAGAGCCGUAUCCAUGGCAACAGUCUGUUCAUUAAAACGGUCUGUUAUGGAGAAAGAGCAGUCUGUAUAAAACCUGUCAAAGAGGGGAUUGUUUGGAGGUUGUAUAGAGGCCUCCGGUUUAAAACAGAGGCCCUUAAUGAAGUCUCACUGAAUGAAGGUUAAAGGUUGAUGUUUGUAGAUGAAACAUUAGGAAGUAUAUUAGAGCGGAGCUUUAACUCUGAACCUCUGUAACCUCCGUGCUGUUCACUGCUGCAGUCUGUGUGGACUUAAAGACCUCCUUCAAACUGAGCUGAACUCUAAAAUUAGAGUGUGUGUGUGUGUGUGUCUGUGUGAAGAUCUAACUGUCAGGAAGUGGCGUGUUUUGAAAAGACUCAGCUCAUCUGAGAUCAGAGAGAAUCAGAGAGAAAUUAAGAAUAACUUCACAGACUGCCGCUGCUCUGUGUUUUUGUCCUAUAUUCAGUUUUAUUUGUUAAAAUCAGACAGGAAGUGACCUCACAGCUGGUGAACCCAGUACUGGUGUCACGGGUUUGAUUCCAGCGUCAUUGAGCACUGUCACAUCCAUCAGACUGAGGAGCGAAAGAAGAAGCAUGCUCACUACCCGUCUGAGUCAGCGUCUGCCUGAAUCUGUUGAAAACACGCCAAUGAUAUGACAACACUGCUGCUCACACUGACACUUCACCUUAUUACAACACACACAUACAGACACUCCCUCACACACAAAUACACAGUCUUUCAUAGAAAUGUCUUACGUAGACAAAUCUGCAACAAAUGCAGUGUCUUCCUGUUUGUGUGUUUAAAAAAACAGAAACCCAACUUUAUUUAAAAGGCACGAUUUCAAACGGACAAAUAUGCAUGCAAACGUUAGCGGUUCACAGGUUUCUAUCAGGAUUGGAAACCCCUGUUAAAGGAUCUGAUCCUCCAUCACUUUGCACAUGCUCAGUGUGUGUUUCACUUUUGCAGAUUUGGCUGAGUCAGCAGCAGCAGCUCGGGUUGCUGCAGGUGUAAAUGUCCUCCAACACACGGAGCACACUUUCUUCAUCAGCCUUUUAUUAGAACAGAAGUGCACACUCAAACAAUACACACAUCAAUGCCUGGAGUGCUGCUCAUCUCACAUGCACUACACACACACACACACACACACACACACACACACACACACACACACACACACACACACACACACACACACACACACACACACUUCUCUGGUUUCCACCUCCACUUUUCAUGUGAUGUUGUGAUGGGGGGUGGGCCAUUGAUUCCUGCAGUCCUCUCAUCCCCCCAUCCCAACGCACACACACAAAGCAGCCCGUCUACCUCCCUGCAGUAGUCUCACCUCUGUGUCACCUUGAGGUUGCAGCAUGCAGAGUAAGAUCAGUUUAUAAUCCUGCAGCUCACCGUCAGCUACUAAAUGACCCACCAAGCAAGCUCUGAUAUCACAAACAUACAGCGUACACUCAUUGUGUUUGUAUAUUAGGACGGAAAGAUAAAUCGUAUCUGUAUCGAGAUCUGAGAUAUAAAUAUUUAAGAUAUUGAUAUCACAAAAUCAACGAUUUCAGUAAUAUAGACCUUCCCUGAGUCUGAAUCAAUAAAACUGCACUUUCCACAUCCUUUUGUAUUAUCAUGAUUGUACUUCCCUGAAAAAUGAUUAACACUGAACCCAUAGUUAUAUUGUAUCAAUAUGCAGAUAUCUGGCAUGAAUAUCAAGAUAUUAAAUGUUAUCCAUAUCAUUCAGUCUUACUGUAUAUAUGUGUAUAUGAAUACUAUGUCUUUGUACAUGUUGGUUCAAAUUUUCAAGGACUGUAUCUAAUAUUGUGGUGUUACCCGGCAAGGCAGGUGAAAAUCAAGCUAGAUAAGUUGAACAGCUUGGAGAGACUCAGGUGUUGUUUUUUUUACCAGCCAGUUCUGCAAAAGAACUGCAAGGACAAAUAAAAGCACAACACUGAUGCUUCAACCCCGAGCUAACCACUUAAAGUAAACAGUUAUCCUGUUUUUGUUUCGCACUUGUUCUUCGUUUUGUACCUGACCUGGGCCAAAUAAACAAAACCUUUUUCCUGUACCCGAGCUGUUUGAUUAGCUCCUGUUCGUGAUCCUGGCCUGAUUUUGUUUUGGACUUGUCCUAUUUCUGACCAGUUUUUGUCCUGUGCGUGUCCUGCACACUGAUAUCUUAUUGUUUCUGUGUUUUCUUGUAUGCGUCCUUUCUGUCCUCUACCCACACUUUUUCUUAACUGUGCUGUAUCCAACCUGUAUUUGUUCUGUUCUAUGUUUAGUGUCUUUGUACCUGUCCUGUCAGUCCUCAUUAGCACCAUGACUAAAGGCACAAUAAUAGCUGGUUUAUCAACACAAGUUUUUUUUCUUUUUUUGCUGUUUAGUGUCAGCUGAUGUGUCUGUGUGCGUCUCUUUUAUCACGUCUUAUCUCUCUGUCUCUCUGCAGUCUUAAGUCUUUUCUGUGGCCCACUUUACUGUCUCUGAAUUUUGACCCCAUGCUCUGGUUUCGCUGCCUUUACCUGCUGUGAAAACCCUCUCUGGAGAAGUACAGGAAAAUGAUGAGUUCAUUUCUUAAUAGGAGUACAUCAGAAAUAAAGAGAGUGUACAUUCACAUACUCUAGCUUUGAAAAGAAACAGCUGAUAUUAUCUGAUCUUUCUGUGAGUGCUACAGUCAGGACAGUCUGUGAGUUUUAUAUCAGAGAGUUCCUGCUGGGGCUUUUGUAUAUAUACACACAGUGUAAGAGAAAUCUGCUGCUGAGCUCAGAUAAAAACCUCAGUCUGUGACAGGUCUGAGGUUUACAGCACAGAGACUUUGACACAGCUGCUCUGUGAACAACAACAUUUUAUCAUCCUCAAUGAAGUGAACAGUCUGGACAAUCUGCAUAGACAAACUAGGAUUGUUCCUGAGAAAUUUCCAUCGUCUUUCAAAUGCACCCAGUCAAAGCUACCAUCAUCCAUCUUUCACAUGCAGUGACACUUAGAUGUGCUUCAUGGUUUGCUUCAGAUAGUACAACGCUCAAAACCAGCUGUAAUGUUCUCUUUCUUGUCUCUGUUUCAGACAAAUUUAAAAUGAUUUACCACUCCCCUCCUUUAGAUGAGGCCUUAAACUUAAGCCUGGCACACAGCAAAAGAUUUUAAAAUGUGUUUGAUUAUGAGUGUGUGCUCUACUUGGUAUGACAGAGGAUGUUAUAUGAACCGUCUGAGUUUUCUUUAUUAAUAUUAAUAUUCCAAGGACAAAACAAAAACAUUGAGCUGUAAGAAACUCCGGUCAUUAUAUUCAACCAUUUUCUGAAACGUUUCAUUAUGGAGCUUAAUUGUAGCUCCAUCUUUAAUAAUUUGGUCAACUUUGUAACACAUUUUGCAGGAUCGAGGAUAAUUGAGGAUUUUUUUUUUUUUAAUGUAAGAUACAUCUAAAAAAGUGUGAUUGUCUUGAAUUCAAGGUCUAGAAGUUAAAAUGCCCAUUUUGUUUCCAACUGAGGACAGCUUCACUCAUCUGAACAGCAAGCUGGCCAAGGUUCUCACAGCUUCAGUGCCAAGAAGGUGAAAAACUAAAAGACAUGGGGACCAGGGUUGAAUAGCACAACAGCAGGACAAAGUACCAAACAACAAAGGCUGAGUUAGGGGAGCUUUUUUAGAGAAUGGUUCCACAUUCAACAGAGACACUGAACAACUAUCAAACAGCCAGAGACAGAGGGUAGGGAUAGGGACAGGUGAGGGUAGCCAGCACAUAGAGAUCCUCUUAAAUCAGUGUGUGAGUAAUAUAUCACUGAAGAAUGGAAUAAAAGUAUGAGCUUUUAUCAUCUCAUAGAGUACAGGUUAUCUUAAUUAUUAUGGCAUAAAAAUAUGAAUAAGGUAACUGCUUCAGAGACAUGUGACCAUAUUUAAUUCAUAUUCAUUAUAGAGAAGUGAGCUUGCUUUGCAAAGAUACUGGAGACAUGAUUUAAUUCAGUAGAUGUUGAAAACUGACCUCACUUUAUUUAAUGUAUUUUAUUAUUUCACCUGCACUUUUACUCAAAAUGAGUCUGGGGGCUGAGGGGGUUUUAUAAUCAUGUCAGUACAGUUAUAAUGUAAAUUAAGUAGGGGCUGUAGGAUGUCGAGGAGGAGUAGAGUGUGCUACUGAUGGAGGUCCUGCAUGAAGAGCCGGUCUCACAUCAGAUGAAUAAUUGAAGUUGACUGAGCUGCUGGAUCCUGUGGCAGCAGAGAUAUCAGCUUACACUCACACUCCCCCACACUCUCUUGAGUGGGCUCAAAUAUCACCUGGAUUGUCUAACCUGUUUGGAUUAAAAUAGAUCGGUGUUGCUCUUACAGGAGAGGGUGAAUAAAACCUGAGUGGGUAUUUAAAGAUGCAUGAGAGGCUGCUGUGUGGCUCCGAUAAACUUCUGUUUUACUGCAGAAAUAGAUGAACCCUUAAUGUUUAACAUGUUAAGCCAAUCCAUUAAUGUUGCAAACCUGCAUUCUCUGUAACAUCCAGCAGGUGGGGCUCAAGAGGUUGAAAAAAUCAGUCUGGUUGUCUAGCAGUCUCUUAAGUCCUCCUUCUCAGUUGAUUUAGUUUAUGGUGUCUGUCUGUCUGUCUAUCUGUCUGCCUGUCUCUGUCUUUAUCUAUCUAUCUAUCUAUAAAUUGUCAGUGGAUGCUAAUUCACCUUUAUUUCAUAUCACAGAUGGUGUUAUAUUGUAUUUAAUCAUAUAUUCACAGGCCUCUUUUUCCACAGGAAAGCUGUGUAAAACCACACUCAAAGACACCAACACUAAGGCAGCAUGGGGCUUAGCUUAAAAGCAGGAAGACAGGGAAACUAGGAAUCUGAGUGAACAAGGGGAAGCUUAUCAGGGAGACUCAACCCUGCAGUGAUAAACGGUGGAGGUUGAUGGUUUACUUUGCCGAGCACUCUGUGCUGAUGGUAAAAAUUGCUGCCCUUUGACAGAUAAAUGAUUCUUUGGUACUUUGGUGGAAUAGAAGGUGUACCAGACGGUCUGUGGUCUGUCCUGAUGUGGAUUCUCUCUCUCUCUCUCUCUCUCUCUCUCUCUCUCUCUCUCUCUCUGCAGGCUGGGUCUGGUGGGGAAGCUGAAGAGGGUUUUACUCUGGCUGUUGGUUGUCUACAUCUCCAUCCCCUUUAUCAUCAAACUCUGUCCAUCCAUCCAGGCUAAACUCGUCUUCCUUAACUUUGGUGAGUGUUUGAGCAAGGAGAGAGAAAUGUGAACUGUUGGAUGGACUGCGACUUGUGUACCUGGAGGAACAUUUGGUCCGUGAAAAAGUUUUGUUUGAACAUUCUGACCUUCUCUUCUCCUUCCCCACAGUGAGGAUGCCCUACUUCAUUGACCUGAAGAGACCCCUGGAGCAGGGACUAAACCACACACACAACUUCUACCUAGAGCCUGAACCUGGACUCAAGAUAGGAGUCUGGUAAACACAAGCUCACACACAUGUUCACAAAUAAAUCUUAAUUUCUUUGAGGGAACCAUCCCAAAAUAAAGUUGUACUUGUAUCUAAUCUAGUCAAAAAAAAGAUGCAUACAGUUAGCAUGAAUGAUGUGACUUCUGUUAAGAAUAAAAAGACUUACAUUGGGCCUGACUGAGGCAACUCCCAAUUUUGACAGACCGUCCGAUUUUCCAGUUGACUCUGCCACAUAGCUGCUGAAAUCUUCUGAUGCUUAAAUGUGUCUGUGUUUGAUUGAACAAGAUUAAUUGAUUAAUCGGUUGAUUUGUUGGUUUAAUUAGUUUGCUGGUUGGUUGAUUGGCUGAAAGAAUAGUCAGUUAACUGAUAAGCAAAUUGGUUGGUUGGUUGAUUUAAAGGUGGCUGGUGUUAAGUUGCUGGAUUGAUUAAUUAAAAGUUGGUUGUUUUGCAUGUUUUAGGCACACAGUUCCGGCUCACAUGUGGAAAGAAGCUCAGGGGAAACAUGGAGACUGGUACAACUCCAUGUUUAGCUCUUCCUAUUCAGUCAUCCUCUAUCUCCAUGGAAACGCAGGGACCAGGUGACUUCUCUUUCACACACAAUUACUAAGCCAGUUAACGUACUGGCUGUGUUUUGAUCAGUUCAGUAAAUGUGGUGUUUCUCUGUUUCUCCGCAGGGGAGGAGACCACAGAGUCCAGUUAUACAAGGUAUCCACACACACACACACUUGGAUGUUUCAGAUACACUCUGAGUUUAUAUCGUGGAAGGUGCAUAACAGCAAUUUACAUAAUAAAAAUAUACUGCAGUUCAGGAUGAAUGUAUUUCACCACUCAUCCCUGCUACUACUCUUGGUUUUGGUGAAGUUCAUGCAGAUACCUGAGCUCUCUCUCUGUCCUCUUUCAGGUCCUCAGCUCAUUAGGCUACCAUGUAGUCACGUUUGAUUACAGAGGUGAGGAAAAAAACACACUUGUUACACCCAUGAGCUCUAGUCUGUCACCAUCAGCUGACUGUGUGUGUGUAUGUGUGUGUGUGUGUGUGUGUGUGUGUGUGUUUGUAUGUGUGUGUGUGUGUGUGUGUGUGUGUGUGUAUGUGUGUGUGUGUGUGUGUGUGUGUGUGUGUUUGUAUGUGUGUCCUUCCAGGCUGGGGGGAUUCAGACGGCUCUCCAUCUGAAGGAGGGAUGACAGCAGACGCUCUGUUCCUCUACGAUUGGCUGAAAAAUCGGCUCGACAGCAAAAAACCAUUUUACAUCUGGGGCCACUCUCUUGGGACAGGGUAACGCGCACGCACACAGAUACACACUGAUACACAGUGUUAACCCACACACACUGCAAUGAGCCCAGCAGCAGAGAGUUAUAGUGAAUGUGAUUGUUUGUGUUUCAGAGUUGCCACCAACCUGGUCAGACAACUCUGUGAGAGAGGUAAAACACACACACACCCACACAUAUACAGACACAGAGUUAUAUGUAUGUACAGUAUAUGUUUUCAUAUGGCCUGCCGUAUAGGAAUUAAUUAAUAUAUAGAUUUAAACUAGGAAUAUAUAUAAUAAAAGUGUGUAUGUAUGUAUGGAAGUUUUAAUAUAUAAAAUAAAAGUCUGAAUAUACAUGUGAAAUCAGAAUGUGUGUAUAUAUAUAUAUAUAUAUAUAUAUAUAUAUAUAUAUAUAGUAAAAGUCUGUAUGUAUAUAUAAAAGUUUUAAUAUUUAUAAUAGAAGUAUAAAUAUAUACUGUAUAUAUGCUUUAUUGCAUUGGUACCAGUAACAGCUUUGUGCUCAAACAUUAUUCUAACAGGCAGGAUAUUACAGAAUUAAAAUCAGGAUCAGCUUUAUUGGCCAAGUAUAUUACACAUACAAGGUUCAAGUCCUGCUGUGAAACAGUGUAGCAGUGGUCCAGAGUGUUAGUGUGGUGGAAACCUUUAUAUGCUGUUUAUUUUGUGGUAGCUCCUGAGUGAGAUUGGCUCUGCUGAAAUCCCGAGAAUGAUGAGCAGGAAGUUGGGGAGUCAGGAAGUCAGCAAUUGAGCAGGAAGUGAGGAACUGAGCUAAAACUUGCCUAAGCACUCUGCACAUGCUCCAGUAUUCACAGGCUGGGGCUCUGAGCCUGUGGUUGAACACCAUGGAUGCAUUGCCAGGAAUCCAGGUUACAAACAGAUGAAGAAAAGAUGUAAAAGAGACAAAACUUUCCUAACAAACAGCACAGAACUGUAUAAGUGACAGUGACAGUUUAUAACUGUCUUAAUAAAAGAUGAGAGGAAAGCCUGAGCAGCUUUUUUUUAUUUUACAGGCCAAAUGUUUUCAGAAAGACAGUCACAGUCUCUGAUGGACUGUGAGGAGUUUUGGUUCUGUCCAUCACAGAGACUCUAGUUUAAUUGAAGUGUUAUGAAAUAAAAUCAGCCUGAUCUGAAAUCAGUAUAAUGUCUCUGUACUCAUUACAGUCAUCUUUUCACUUUCAGGGACUCCUCCUGAUGCUCUGAUCUUAGAGUCCCCAUUCACCAACAUCAGAGAGGAGGCCAAGAGCCACCCCUUCUCCAUGGUAACACACACAAAUACACACACUAACCAACAUUAACACACAGGGAGUAUUUGCGUGUGUUAAGUUUGUAUUCAGUGUGCGUGUCUCUGUUUCAGGUGUACAGAUACCUCCCGGGCUUUGAUUGGUUCUUUCUGGAUGCCAUCACAGCGAACAACAUUCGCUUUGCCAGCGAUGAAAAGUACGACAUCUCCAGCUUCCUUCCUGUUUAGAGCCCCAAUGACCCUUGACCUCUUUGUUUUGAAUUCCAACUAAGAAGUUUAAGGUCUUAUUCAGACAAAAAAAUGACUCCAUUAAAAACAGACAAGCCUUAGAUUUAAUCUGCAUCCACAUGCACCUUUAUAGCCUAUAUAUCCUGACAGCUGUUAUCGCUGUACAGCACACCCUGGAGGCUAAGGGUUUGAACUGCAGCCUGAGUUUCCUCUCUUUAUGUUCCUGUAGUUGAUUUUUGUUUAAACACAACACAGCAGAAAGGUGUGCCAUCUCUGAGUGUAAGCUCAAUUGAGUAUUUAUGUCCUCUCCUCCUCAGUGUGAAUCAUAUCUCCUGUCCUGUGUUGAUUCUUCAUGCUGAGGACGACAGCGUGGUUCCUUUUCAACUGGGUAAAAAGGUAAGAGUGACGCCGCUCAUAUUUCAGAGUUUUUCGGGACCAUUAAGACAGAACAUCUAAAGUUAUACACAACACAAGUAUAUGUCAGUAGUUGGAUGUUUACAAAGCUGAAUAGAAACUGUCACAUGUACAUGAAUUCAGCUGUAGGAGUUGAAUCUCUUUGAACUUAUCACUCCUCUUCCUACAGCUCUACAACAUGGCCUCUCAGUCAAAGAGCCUCAGCGGUCACAAAGUUCAGUUUGUUCCUUUCCCAUCGUCUCUGGGUUACAAACACAAGUUCAUCUACAGGAGCCCGGAGCUGCCAAACAUCCUCAGGUACACUCAAACACUGCAACAAGAGCAGGUUAACAGUUCACUUUCUAACACUAGUACCACGUUAGAAAAAAAUACUUUGUAGUUUGAUAAUGUUUUUAACAUUAUCUCAUUAGCAUAUCAUUGUAUCAUCAUAAUAGACACAUAACUUUACAAACCUCUACAUCAUGACUGAGAUCAUUUCUGACCUGAAAACCCAAUGAAUAAAACCAGAAACAUAUAGUGCACAGAUAAUCCACUAGGGGGAGCCCCAUAACGGGAUGUAACUACCUUAGAUUCUGUGGAUUGUUUUAUGGUGAAAUUAUGCUGAAAUAAUCCAGUUUUAAAAGGCAAUUUAAACUUAACUUUUCACCUACUGCAUAAAUGACACAGAGCAGGGCAUUAUGAUUGGAUAUAAUAAAACAUGAAAUGUGACUUUAAUAAAUGAUUCAGUGAAGGAUGAUAUAACACAAUGUGAAAUGAUGCAGUAUAACACAAUAUAAGACUCUUAUUUCUGCGUCUUCAUUUUCUGUUGCAGUGAUUUCCUCAGCACGACUCAGCCACAGAGCGACGACUCAGCAUGAACACACACUCUGUUACAAACCUAUCUCUCUCACACACACACAGACACACACUCCUUCCAGUUUGUUUGUGAUCGGACCGAAGAUUGUGGCAUGAGUGGACCAGAGCAGAUCAUUCCCUAUCCUCCGUGUGUCUCAUUCCUCUACACCAACACUGGCUGGAUCUGAAACACGUCUGUUGGCUUUGAAGGGCCUGUUAUGACUUGAAUUAUGAAUUAAAGUUUUCCUCUUUUAUGAAACUGCG